AUGAACGAAAAUGAAGAAGAAGGCUCGAAAAAUGGCGGAGUUUGGGAUCAAACUUUGAUGAUCACUAAAGGAACAUUCGAAAAUAAUGCUAACAUUUUUCAAAGGAUUUUUCAAAAGAUUUCUCCAUUUUUUGGUUUAACUGCAAUUUUGCCGUUUCUACUGGUCUAUCAUGGCUACUUAAUUGCCGCUGGCAUCCACAACUAUCAAAAAGCGGCGCCACUUAUCUAUGUGACCCUGUUUUUUUGGGUCUGCUUCAUUUUAAAUUUUCUAGUUGGCACUGAAAAUUUCAAACGGGUUUUUAAAGAUUUAGCAACGAAAUUGGACAAUUUUGCAAAACGGAGAGCAUUUGUGCCAAUAACUUUCAAACUUGCAAUCGCUGGCGGAUUAUUGGCGUACACUAUAAUUGAAGCUAUUCAUCAGCCAACCAGGCUAAUUGGAUUUGGCGGAUAUGUGUUUUACCUUGCGUUUAUGGUUGUGUUCUCGCAUCGACCGAGGAAGACAAAAAAAAUGAACGAAAAUGAAGAAGAAGGCUCGAAAAAUGGCGGAGUUUGGGAUCAAACUUUGAUGAUCACUAAAGGAACAUUCGAAAAUAAUGCUAACAUUUUUCAAAGGAUUUUUCAAAAGAUUUCUCCAUUUUUUGGUUUAACUGCAAUUUUGCCGUUUCUACUGGUCUAUCAUGGCUACUUAAUUGCCGCUGGCAUCCACAACUAUCAAAAAGCGGCGCCACUUAUCUAUGUGACCCUGUUUUUUUGGGUCUGCUUCAUUUUAAAUUUUCUAGUUGGCACUGAAAAUUUCAAACGGGUUUUUAAAGAUUUAGCAACGAAAUUGGACAAUUUUGCAAAACGGAGAGCAUUUGUGCCAAUAACUUUCAAACUUGCAAUCGCUGGCGGAUUAUUGGCGUACACUAUAAUUGAAGCUAUUCAUCAGCCAACCAGGCUAAUUGGAUUUGGCGGAUAUGUGUUUUACCUUGCGUUUAUGGUUGUGUUCUCGCAUCGACCGAGGAAGAUCAACUGGAACAUCGUAACCAGCGCUCUCAUCUUCCACUACUGUCUAGCCAUCAUAAUCCUCCAAUGGUCAACCGGUCGUUGGUUUUUCGAGCAACUCUCCAAAUUGAUAGUUGGCCUAUUGGAAUAUGCUCAAGUCGGAGCGAAAUUCGUGUUCGGCUUUAUUGCUGGUCCUCCGAAUAUCUGUGAUUUGGCGCCAGUUUUUAUUUUCACCUCUCUUCAAACUUUGAUCUACUUCUCUGCAGUUGUAGCACUACUUUUCUAUUUUGGAAUCAUUCAAGUGGCUCUAAAAAAGAGCACAUGGUUCAUGAAAGUGCUCAUCGGGACCACACCAGUGGAAUCUGUCUAUUCCUGGGCUUGCACAUUUUUGGGACAGUCUGAAGCCCCGCUUGUUAUUCGUCCAUACUUGGAAAAGUUGACAGAUUCCGAAUUGUUUGCAGUUCUAACCAGUGGAUUCUCAUGUACCGGUGGUACGGUAUUUGCUGCAUAUGUUGCUCUUGGAGCAUGUCCAGAGUCUAUACUAACUGCGAGUUUGUUAUCAGCGCCAAUGUCACUUGCAUGCUCCAAAUUGAUGUAUCCCGAGGAGGAGGAGACAAGGAUUAAGGAAGACGACUUUGAGUUAGAUCACGAAAACGACAAGGGAUUCUUCGACACAUUAUGCUCUGCUGGCGUCGCCUUGGUACCUACCGUAUUCGCAAUUGGAGCAACUCUAGUGGUCGUAAUGUCCCUUUUAGCCCUUUUGGACGAAGUUUUCUUCUACAUUGGAGAUCUGAUUGGAUACGACGGUUGGAGUUUUCAAAUGCUAUUUGGUUACGCGUUUUUCCCACUGGCCUAUAUGAUGGGGAUCACCAGGAAUUCGGAACAGACAUUGUUAGUCGCUCAACUAAUGGGCUCCAAAACCGCUGUCAAUGAAUUCGUGGCUUAUGACAAAUUGGGACAACUACAAAAGGAUGCCAAACUAGAUCCCAAGUCGGUUCUAGUCGCCACGUAUGCCCUCUGUGGAUUUUCGAAUUUCGGAUCAAUGGGAAUCCAGAUGGAAGUGAUUGGAGGAUUAGCACCGGGGAAGAAAACUGCGGCUUCGAAAGUGAUGUUAAGAGCUCUUUGUGCUGGAGCAAUUGCGUGUUUUAUGAAUGCAACGGUAUCCUCAUCUCCAACCCGGUCGUUUGUAACAGUGCCAGCGUAA